AUGGUGGUGAUGUCGGAACGCGAGCAACUGGCGUGCCUCGUCCAGCAAUGGAACGAGAAUCGUCUCGAUCUGUUCCAUUUGACGUAUCCGACGGAAGACCUCGAGGUGGAGGGCGUCAUGCGAUUCUAUUUUCAGGUGAGACCCCACUCUGAAAUUUAUAAUAUUUGUGAAGAUGGACGAAUGUUUAUCUCCAACUUGUGUGGGAAAGCAGGGAACAAACACACCACAAGUAUUAUAAACUGAUCGGCAAACAGUGAAACGGACCGUCGGCCGACUGUGUUAAGCCCCCCACGAGAUGCCCCAGAAAGGAGCGAAACGAAUAAUAGUAGGGAAAAACACUGAAAAAGCGGUUUUUUUUACAGGACGGAGGCGAAAAAGUGCUGACAAAAUGCGUGCGAGUCUCCUCGACGGCGACGACGCGAGCCGUCGUGGAUGCGCUCCAGGAAAAGUUUCUUCCCGACCUGAAAAUGCUCUCAAACGACACGUACUCGCUGUGGGAGGUGCACGAGAACGGCGACGAACGGCGGCUCGACGAGGAGGAGAAGCCGUUGGUCGUGCAAUUGCAGUGGCACAAGGACGACCGCGAGGGACGGUUCCUGCUCAAAAAGGAGAGAGCCGCGCCCGUUCCCUUGGUGGUACGCUUUUACUUUUUGUCAUUCUUGCAGAAUCUCAGCUCGGAAAUUCAAAAACAUCUUGUAAUGAUUCAGAACAGUCAAAAAAUUAGUAUGCUUUUGACGUGAAACAGCUCUAAUAAAUGAAAUAAACCAUUUUCUGAAGAUGAUUUCCUCCAUUUUAGUCAAAAUUGAAAAAAAUAGUUUUGAUUUUCAUAGUUUGUGCGUGGGUUUUUAGUACAAUUAUGUACAGUAACACGAUUUUGAUAAUAGACGUUUGAAUUCGCUGAAAAGUUUAAUAUCUUCAGAAUCUACAAGAAGCCGAUCAGAAGAAUGCGCGAUUCGCGAAAAAGAAAGAAAAAGAGCCGAGAAAAAAGCAUCAGAAAGAGUUUGGUAAGCAAUUUGUUUUCUCUAUUCUUAUUAAUCGAAACCGAAAUCCGUUCAGUGCACGUGAACGGCGGUCGGGAAGAGGCUCAAACGUCGGAUGACAUCUACAAACAAGUGCCGUUCAACACAUUCACCCGCACAAUUUCGAAUCCAGAAGCGGUUAUGCGGAAGCGGAGGGAGAAGAAGUUGGAGACGAAACUCAAAGAAAUGACGUUCGGUUUGUGCUCAAAUGUCUUCGUCAUUUAAACACCGAUUUUUGUAUAGGUGGAAGUCUGAAAGUGUACGGCGGCGAGGUUGUGCCCACCCGGCCAUACGUCUCGAUUUUGGCGGAAAUCCACGAGAGCGCCGAACGGAUUCUGGCGGCCGCGCUGGAGAAAUACGGUCUGGAACACGCGAUGGACGAGUACAUUCUUGUCGAGGUUAGUCGUAAUUUGAAGAAUGCGAAAACAGAUCUCGCGCGACCAUUUCGAAAAAAUUUGUCUCUGUCUGCCUCCCGCUUGCUUCUGUCACAUCCCGCCUGAUGCUAUCACUUUCCAUUUUAAAUGUCUGACGUCGUCUGCGUCUCGUCACUCUCUCGUCACCACAAAAAGAAAAGAGAAAAAGAGAAGGGAAUUUGAAAACCCGGGGGCAGAAUCAGUAGUCACUUGACGACGACGACGACGACGACGAUUUCAACGUCUUCUCCACACGUCUUCUGAUAUUCUGGAACUGUAGUAGUCUGCUCUCUCUCUCCCUCUCUCUCUCUUUGACGAUGCAAUUGUUCUAACUGCUCCGCCCGUCCCCACAAUGUCCAUCUACCGGCAAGAUUCGUGCUGCUCCAUCGACACGAUCGAUGAGCUCUGUGAGCUGCAAUACGAGACGGAGCAGCAGCGGCAGCUCCAGAAGGCCGCCCAAGCUGCGGAGCUUCAGCGGAAGCGGAACUCCUCCACGUUCGGAAAGCGGCUCACUCGGCUGCUCUCGUUCGAACGGAAACUCGAGCAGAAUACGCCGAAGCUGCAGAAGAAAAUGGAAGAGGAACGACCGAAAGCUGCAAAUAUUCUGAUGAAUUCACUGCGGCGCUUCACCAGCAGCCGGUCUUCAGAGGUUCGCACGAAGUAGACCUAAUUUGAAAGUCGUCCUAAUUACCGAUUUCCGUGCGAAUAUCAUCAACUGGUCACACUCGACAAAAUAUCUCUCAACAUUUUUCAUUUUCAUCUCCUUCUUCUCUUCAAGUUGGGAAAGGUUUUGACACAGUGCGCAAAAGGGGGGAGACGGUGCCGAUUUGUCACUUUUCGGGUUGCAAAACCCGUUUGAAACGGGCCGCCGAAUGAGUCAGACGCGUCGUAGAAAUGACCAAUUAGAACGGAAACGUUCUUUGAAAAAUGAAAUUGCAAUCAAUCGGAAUGCGUCAGUUUUGCAGGUCUUCAAUGACGAUCAUCGCAAAAGCAUGUCGGACCUGCGAGACGUGGACGGACGGCCGAUCGCACCGUCCGAAUGCCCGCUCGCCGAAAUGGCCGCCCGUGGUGGAAGCGACGGAGGAUUCGACUCGUUUUUGGCAAUCAAAAGGAAACCCAGUGAUUAUCAGUAAGUUAUAAUGUGUUUUGACGGACACUUCCUGGGCUAGAUGAUCAAAUUUCACUGGGAUCAUCUAAAAUGCCAAACAUCACACAAAGAUGCCGUGUUUAUGUAUAUUUAUAAACAAAUGUUGCAUAGAAGACACUAACAUUUUAAUAAAAAGCGGCGAGUACUUGAACCGUAACGUUUGAAUGAUGGCUUUCAGAGUGCCCUCCACUUCAAUAAUUCCCGCGUCGGUCACUUUGCCAAUGGUGCCGUUGACGUCUUCGCCGCCCGCAAAUUCCCACUUCCCACUGCUCACUGUUAUUAAUAAUGGUAAAGAUUUUGAGCGAGGCUUGUCACAAAAAGAGCUGUAAUGGUAUACGUAGCUUUAGCUCCGCUUUCUUGUAACAUUGUAUCAAGAAAAAGGGUUCCAGACGGUCACCUCUCCACACAUCGAAUAACCCUUCAUGACGGAGUGACAGAGGUCGGAAGCGACGCUCAAAUGUCAAAUUUCUCGCAGCACAAUAUAUAUGUGAGUUUUCAAGCCGCCCCAUAUUUGUUCUCAAUGAUUGUUUUCAGUUGGACGGUCCGGAAAUCCGCGGGCGACACGCUGCGAUCGCGUUCAUGGAAGGAGUGGUCACACUGACGCCGUCGACUCGCGACGCUUACCUCGAGGUGAGAAUUAGUAGCAGAUUUAAUUAUACCUGUAAUAGUCAUUAGCUUCACAUUUCUCUCACUUUCUAAGUGAAUCCGUUCCAUCGACGUAGACGAAUUAUUUUGAGAAGGAAGCCGAAAGACGGAAAAUGAUCUCAGUGUGAAGAUUGUUUCGGUUCUAUUACGGUAUUAAUAUUAUUAUUUCCUUCUUAUAUAUAUAUAUUGUAUGCAAUGUAUGCAACCACUCAUCGUGACACGAUUGGACACACUCCGCCCCUCGUGUUUGUGUGUUUCCAUCCAAAUUUUUCCCGGCGAAAGCCUCCUUUACCCUCAGUCGUUUUUCGGCCAAUCACUUGUCCAUUCUGUGGUUUUUGAAGAGCCGCCAGGCACCACGACUGGAUUUUGGCGGCUUUUUACACACGAGCACACAAGUACGUGUGGGAGAAUUUCGUUCUUCGUAAAAAAAAAUACUUAGGAUGAAACAAUAGGCUAAGCUGAAUCGAAACGCGUCGUCAAAAGUUGAAAAGUAGAAUAGAAUCUUAGCAAUUACACUUCUCCUUGGUAACUACCCUUUUUCUGCCGUCGGCUCUUCACCUCUAAACCGCCCUUCACGUCUCUUUUCCGCUUCGCCACUUUCCGCCCUCUUGUCCGCCUCCUUCCGUCCUUUAUAUUUGCUCAUCAUUCAGACGUUUUCCUUGCACUUUUACCGACCUUUUCCUGGUUUUCGGUGAGCUUGUCUCGAGUGCGACGAGGAUUAGUUUCUCAUCAGAUUGGUUGCGCACCGAGCGGUAUUGCAUAUUACCCGGAUUGCGUAACGCUCGGAAACCGAAGGACACGUUGCAUUGGCACUGUCCGCUUACCUCCCUCUCCCGUCCUUCCGCGACAUGGCCGUUUUCCAUCAAAUAGUACUUGUGUCUCGUUCUGACCACUCGAGAAUACUCCUCCUCCUCCAUCUGAUGGUAUUUGUCGCAUUUUCGCGACGCGUCAUCCAUCCGCGUGUCAUUCCGCGCUCUUUGCGCCCAUCAUCACCAUCAUCCAUGCUCUUUGCCCUUUUCGGUCUUUCCUCGAACAACAAACGGAUGACGUUUUCACCACUUUCCGCGCGGAAAGGGCGAGACUGACCGCGCGAUCAAUUUCACAUUGCGGAUUGCAAUGAACUGACUAUAUCCAUCUCGUUUCGCGGUUUGGCUUUUCGAUUCGACAAUUUACCGCCAGCUAGAAUUUUUUUAAAUUCUUAAAGCUUUUGAGAAGCCUCAACCUAGUGACUACUGAUCCCUAAACAAAAAAUGCCAGUUCCGCCAGAAAAAACCGCUUCUUCGUGAUUUUCCCUUUUUUAUCCCCAUUUCCAUCAGCUGUUCAUCCAACCGGAGACGUCUUCUUUUUCGAGUUGACGACGACGAUGAUGAUGGUGACGAAUCAAAUCUUGCAACAAUUUUCCUCAUUCCCUCUCCCCCAAUAAGCUGCAAUCAUCCCCCUGAUAAUCCGUCCUUUCCUUCUUCCUCUUCUUCUUCUUCUUCGUCACUUCUCUGUCAGAUCAGAAAGAAAUGGAAAGUUUGGCAUUGUGCCAAAACAUGCAAAUUCCACGUUUUGUUAUGGUGGUUUUUCGCGGAAACGACCUCGCGAAUUGUGUGGACUGUUUGCGCACCACGGCGGGGCCUGCAGCAUAGCCGUUUUUUCGCUCUCGCCGAGAAAAAGAUGGAAUGUUGUGAACAAGAUUGGUCGUGGAGCGGACACCAGCCCUCCUCCGGCGGUUCGGCGCCUUUUUCGGAUUGAGUAGUCAGCGGUUUUCUCUCUCUUUUUCUCUUUCUCUCUUUCUGUCCUGUACAGCUGCAUUAUUGUCUCUCUGGAUCUUUGUUUGGUGACUCGAAUGCUUGACGGUCUGACCGAAUGACCAUGAACAGCAUUAUGGCGCCUCCGUUCUGUUGGUUUUUUGCAUUAUACGACUCUUUUCGCCUUCUCGCUUCAUCGCGGCGAACCGUUCACACUUUACCGAGAAUCCCCUUGUUCCACUCGGAUUAUUAGGGGGGAGCAUUUUUGAGUUUUGCACCCAAAACCGACGGGACUACCACCAAAAAGGGAGUGUCUUUUACGAUUUCCGGAAGACCCGCCCGUCAUUAUCACCCGACGUUGUCUUCGUCAUUAUCGCUCUUUUAUGGGUUCGCAACCCGAUCAGAAGCGUCCUUUAUGACUUUUGUGUUGUGGACACUCUGGAGGAUCGUACUAAAGUUUUGGAAUCAACACGUUCCCACCGUCCCAAGCACUUCAUUUCCAGAACAUGUUUGCCAAUUAAUUGGCAAUCUCUUUCUUUCUCUCUCUCUCUCUCUCCUCGUUUUCUUUGUGGUUGGCCGCAAAGAAACGGCGCGGCAAGAGACUUUGCUUGGUUUCUGCUGCUAGCGGUGGUGGUGGCGGUCAGCUGUAUAAUAUCGGAAUCCCCGAUCAAUUUCCUCCUUCUCCUUCCAAUCGAGACCGCUAUUGCGCCCGUUUUCUCCGUCUCUUCUCUCACUUUCUCACAUCGUUGAUGAAGCAUCCAAUCGGGGAAUUUUCGGAAAUUUUCGGUUAGAGAAGAUUUUCGAAAUUCCUGGGAUUUCGCUUCAACCUGUCACAUCCUAUUAGCCUCAUGAUCAUUGUGUUUUCAGGUGAACGGUCAGCAGCUGAUGCAGACACAAAUUCUGCGCGACGGCGACACGGUCCGCAUCGGAGCGGAUCAUCUGUUCAAAUUCAGUGCUCCUCCUCCGCCGCACAACAAUAAUCAUUAUUCGACGGCUGCGGCGAACGGACAACGCCACUUCCAGCAGCAGACUUAUCCCGAAAUGGUGAGCAUUUGUAUGAUUCCACAUGAAAACUCGGUCACGUUACUAAUUUUUUGUAGGUCAUGUGUACUUUCAAAGUUGAUAGCCUAAAACACAUAAACAAAAUCAAUGUACAAUCCUCGAAAAUACCAUAUUUGACCAAAAAUGACUCAUCCCUCUCCUCCUCCGGCCCUCCCUCCGCGCACAUUCCUAGCCUCAUUCACGCCUGUCUCCUCGUUUUUCCUUCUAAAAAAAAUCCAAAAAGCCCUCCGAACUUGCAGGUCGAUUCGCGUGCUUCAACGGCCAGGUGCGCCCCCUCGGACUACUGUAGCUUGCCACUGAACGGAGCGCAAUCGGACUACUACCCGCCCAGGUGUGUCUUUUUUUGUACAAAAAGUGAACGAAAUUGUUUUUGGAGCCAUCUUUUCUUUCACUAGUUACUACUACUACUAUCUCUGCGCACUCUCUUUUUCCUCAUUCAUCUCUGUCUGCUUUACACAACAAUACGAAGAGGACACAUAUCAAAUAUGCAAAACGACGAAGGGACAAACAGUAAUAUGCAAAAUGAAGCCGUCGCCGUCCGUCUCACUUUUGUAGCUGAUUGGGAAAUUGUACUGCUUUGCUCUGCUUGAAGCGAGAGAGUUUUGAGGUAUAAAUUCUGGAUGAAAAGUGAGAAAAGACACGGAAAUUAUUGGUUACCUUCUCUUUUUUGGUCUUUUGUCAUGUUCUCGUUCUCCUCCUCCUACUUUCACUUUUCUAUUCAGCUUCUCCUACUUGUACGUCUUCAUAUGAAAAAAAGAACUAGAGGGUCUCUCCCCGGAUUCAAUAAUGCUCUUUUGCCCAUUUCCCGACCACCCUCUAGGCUUCUGGCCUCUCAAAAAUACACAGAUAUCUAUUCUUUGUGCGCCCUCCGACUUUUCACUACUCCAUCAUCAUCAUCAUCAUCCACAUCGUCAUGAAUGCGUGUCAUCGAGAAAGGGCAGUUGUGGUGAAACAACAAUAACUUUUCUCCCAUUAUUAUUAUUAUUAUUAUACAUGUGUACAUGCUUUUCAUGACUCCAUCCACAAAACAACAACCUCCAGACGAAUGGGUGGCGAAGGUGUGUGUGUGUAUAGUUAUAGAGUUUCACUUGCCACCCGUGGGUAUAUUUCUGUUAUUUGUUGACUUUUUCCUCUUACUUACGACUCCCUUUUUCGUAGAAAUUACCGAGUUCUCCAGAAAGACUUGCUUUCAGCGAAAUUGAGUUUUAGUGCGAUUUUCUUGAAAGAUUUUGACAAAACAAUUUGUAAGUCUCGAGAUGAUUCACUUACAAUAAGGAAAUACUUUUAGAAAGCCUGGAUAUCCAUUGAUUUAAAAUUACACUCUUUUUUUUCCGAAUUUUCCCAGCUCUUCCUAAAAAGCGCAUCCCUUUUCCCGAAUCGUUCAAUUUAACGAGCAAUACCCAUUACAAAAGCCUCUUAUUGCAUGCUAACUAUCUCUUUCUCACAUAUUUACCAAAAAAGGGCACCAUCUAGGGUCAUUGAAUCGAACGACGCUCUUCGAUUCACUAUCCCUUUCACAUGGACUCUUUCUCUCUCUCUCUUUUUCUCUUUCCCGCCUGUACCUGUUAUUAUUUCGUCCCCCCGGCUCUUCCUCUCUUUGCGUAACGUCCGAUUUUCGAACGUUUUAUGUCCGGAAUUUAUGGCUCCGCCGUGUCCGCCGUGUCCGUCCCGUUCGCCGCGCCUCUCCUCCAGCGGGACACACAUGCAAGUGUGAUAACACUUUCAAUAUUGUUACCCGGCCGACCUCCCAUUUUCCUCCUCGAAAAUGGCUAAAAAUAACGGGAACAGCUGCAAUUUCGGUAAUUACUAAUCACUUUCCGCGGCGGUGUCGGCCCACAGAUUUUGUUUUGCUGGGCGAGCGUUCGAAUCUGAAGUUCCUUCGAUUUUCAAUAAAACUUUUCGCCGGUUUCCAACUAAUCCUCUCCGCGCACGCCCGUCCUUACAUACUUGACUGAAGGUGGUUUCUCCGAUAAAAAAGUCGCAUUUUUGAAUAAUCGAUUCGCGAGAAUUGCAGAGUGUCAUUCACUGAUACGGUUUCUGCGUGCGUGUGUGUGUGUGUGAUAAGAGAGGAGAAAAAGAGAGCGAAGAAAUGCAAAUAACUCAGUGACUCACGCACACCUCCACUGCCAAACUGUGUGGUAUUUCUUCAUGCACAGAUCACACUCACGCAUUUUGCUGCGUCCGAUCCGCUCUCUGCUUUAUUUGCUUUUUCGGUGUAUAGGGAAACGAAAAGGUUUUUGUUGGUUUUCUGCGCGAACGAGAUGAUGCGGGGAUGGGUUUCUAAAGAUGCCACAAAACAUGACUCGUUGAAAUUUGAAAUCUGUUGAAUACUUUUUCCCAGAUUGACCAGCUGUCUCCAACAUUCUUAAUUCAUUCACGCCUUGUUCUCGCGCACUUUCUCUCCGUUCCGUUCCUAUUUCCACUCUUCCAACCAGCACCAUCGCCAGAUGCGUCGUUUCAACUCGGAAUCUCGGCUCCAAACCGAGACCACGUUCGGCGUCUCCUCCCCCUCAUCAGCUGCUGCUCCGUCGUCUCCGUUCCGUCCGACUCCCUCAGCACGAUACUUUUACCAUCGGAGAUCAGCCUCCACCGAUCAGGAGCCUUCAAUGCCUUCUUAUUCUGGAGGAGUUCCGGUCCCUCGCCCCAGAAGGGUCACAUUCUCGCAACCGGUAGAUUCGAAGCCGCCCGUUCCGAUCCCAGUUCACAGAGUGGGCAAGGGUGGAAGCAUUAUCAGUGCGGCACACUUGAGAAAUCUGUAAGAACGAUGGCUCCAAACAUAAUUUUUUUUUCAAAAAAUAUUUCUCCGCGCUUUUCAGUUUUGAAAUAUUUUUUCUUGCAGUAUAUCUGGAUCGUCCGUGUCCUCAUCUCGACAAGAAGAUCUCAUGAUGCAAUCGAAUAACAGUAAGAAUUUUAGAUUUAGUUUCCCCGCCUCAAUCCUCAUUUUCAGACAUCCUCCCACCAUUCUCACAUCCGGCCACAAAAGCUGCCCAAGAACCGUUCCAAAUUCCACUUUCCAUCCAAAUCGGCGACUACAACGUGUGGGAUUUUCUCGGCGAAGUGAUGUCGAACCGAGCGGCGACGACGUCCGAACUCUCGAGCUUCCGACUGUCUCCCGCCUACUCACUCUACCUGGCUCUCCGGUUUUUCCAUUCGCACAACAAACCCUACUCGGUGCAGUUCUUCACGCGCAUCGAGUCGAACUUCAAGCAGAUUGCGCAGGAAUCCUCCUCGAAAGACGAUCUGAUCUUCUGGCUCGCAAACGCGUCCGAAUUCAACCACCUCGUCGAGCGUGACAAUGAAUUGAAGGCGUCCAGAUACGGAAAAGUGUCGAUCGAAAUCGAGCGGAUAUUCCGACGACUUGUUGCCGUUCUCCAGAGCGUCAUCCGUCCGGCCGCGCGAGCACUUCUUGAUAUUCAUCUGAACGAUCACGACGCGACGGGAGAAGUUAUUCAUUUGCUGGACACGACGAUGCGGCAAGCGAGAGUGUGCGGUCUGAACGCCGCGUUGACCAUCCAACUGUGCGGACAUCUUCUGCACAUGAUCAACGCGUUCGUCUUCAAUAGUCUCGUCGCUGUGAAUCUGCCGGCGGCUCCGCUGAGCACACGUCUCGGAAAGUGUCUCCAGUACCGAAUCGAGUCGAUCCACCGGUUCUGCGAGAGAAUGGGCGUCGAACUGGCGGCCGAGUGCCAUCUAGACCGGUCACGACAGGCCGCCAAUCUGCUCGCCGCUCAGAAGAACGACGUGGCGACGCUGGGCUCCACGUGCUACAAGCUGAACAGUCUGCAAGUCGUCCACAUUCUGUCUGGAUUCGAAGCGGAAGACGGAGAGAUUCCGUGCGACAACGACGUCAUCGACAGGAUCUGCCGAUUGGCGGAAAAGCAGGCGGAUGUGCUCACAAUCGAAGACGGACAACGGUUGACACUAGAAGAGUCCGACGAGCUCAACCUUCCGUUCUUGAUCCCGCAAGACGGUUACUUUAUCGAGCAAUUCAAGACGGUUCCCGACGGACUCUGGCAAUAUCUGCAGCAAUUGCAGCACAGACGGCUCUGCCACAGCGUUGCCAUGCAGACGUCGCAGCCAGCUCAACAGCCGCAUCCUUCGAUGACGUCGUCCCUUCACGCGAUGCACCUCGGAUCGGGAGACGCCCUCCAUCAACACCAUCAGACGCACUACCAGCAUCACCAGCAGGCACAACAGCAUCAGCCGAUUGUGCGAAGUGUCUCGCAGACAACUCUCACCAGCAUUCCGACUACGCAAUUCGUAAGUUUCCAUUUGCACUGUUUCUCUACUCAUGAACUCGUAUGAUUUGCAGGGUGACAGUUUCGGCAGCAACGCGUCGGACACGAUCACAAAGAUAACACUGCGAAAGAACGGCGGUGGAAUCGGACUGAGCAUCGUCGCCGGGCAGGUUAGUAGCUGAUCUCUAGAUUAGGCGAGGAAGCCCGAAUUGGGUGCGACUAGGGCUUCUCCCCCCAAAUUGGCAACAGUUAUUGGCAUAACACGCUUGUGAAGUGGCCCAUUUCCGGGCGGUUUCGGUUGGGUGUUUUCGUUUUCUCUCAAGGAGAAACAGAUUUCGAUCUUUCGUUGUUUUCCAACAACCACAACAACAACUAGUUCCUUUUCCCUCCGACCUCUAUCUAUUUACUAGAAUAUUUAUUAUGGUUAUCAUUGGUGUUUAUCAGGUCUCUUAACAAAUUUCUGACGAAGAAGAAUAACCCCGUUACAGUCGUUGCAGGGUGUCGGAGACAAGCGGAUGGGCAUCUACGUCAAAAAAGUGGUGGAGAACACACCGGCGGCUCUCGACGGACGGCUCGAACCGGGAGAUCAGCUGAUGAGUGUCAACGGGCAUUCACUGGUUGGCAUCUCGCAGGAAGAGUUAGUUUUCGCCGCCCCGAUUCUCACAAAUGACACUUGCCCAGUUUCAGUGCGGCACGACUCAUGACGCAAAGCGGAAACGAAGUGCACUUCGAAGUUCGAAAGCGAGCGGCCCUCCGAAACGGACUCAACAGCUACCUCAUCCCGCAGACUCCGACCACCUCCACGGCCAACGGAAACGUCCCACCGUCGCCGUCCGCCGUUCCUCCCGCCUACUCGAAUGUCAGCCGAAACUCGUCGUACGACGCUCCGCCGCCUGGUUACAAUCAUCGGUUUAGCCAGCAAGGAGGACAAGCCCCGCCCGCUCGAACCAGUGCCUUUGUGGCGCCCAUCUCUUCCGGUCAAGCGAACCAUCUCCAACAUCACUAUGCGCAUCACAACAUGCAUCACACAAUAGCUCCGAUCGACCCGCUUGCCAACAGACAUUACAGAAGCUCAUCGGCAAGUGACUUGCAGCAGCAGCAGCAGCAGCAGAUAAUAGAUGUGAGUCCCUUCUACGUUUCAGACCCCAUUUUUAUCAUUUCCGUUUCAGCCAAACGCCUCGUUCUCCCAAUCGUCGAUGACGGGAAGCGCGCGCAGUUCUCUGUUCGACAAGCUUCCCUCCCACUACCGUCAUUCGACCCGUCCAACUGUCAUCCAGCCAGCCCGGCCGGGAGCACAGUCGCCGUCGGCUCUGCGAAGAGCGGCUCCGUCGCCGGCGAACGUGUCGACUACGAGCAACUUGUACCGCCCGACUUCGGCUUCGAAUCUGUUCGCUCCGCCCAGAAACACGGGAGGAGGUUUGAUCGGAUACACUAGCAAUGCGGCCAGAGAAUCCACCCAGGACAUUCAUAGAGCGGUGAGUUCGGUCGCAUAAUUCAUUAGUGGACGCUUGCUGUGCUCUUCUUCCUGUUCCUAAUCUUUCUUACCUAACCUCCUCGUUUGUUCAGCUCAACGACCUGGAACUCUCGUCGCCGCUGGCCCGUUCCACACCGAACGAAGAGAUGGACAGCAGCUACAGGAUCCCUCCGACCGUCUCCAACUACGCGCCUCUCCACUCGAUCCGUCCCGCGAGCAUGUACGGAUACGGCAGUCAGGCACCGUCGCCUCCCUCCUCCUCCACCGGAAUCACUGUCAUUCCGACGAUCUCACUGGCCAAUAGAACUCCCAUGAACAUUUCUUCCUCUUCCUCUAACACCUCACCUCGUGUGAAUGUGACGAUGAUGGGUGCGGCUAGGUCAAACAACAAUCUAAGCAAUUCGCAGGAGCCGGCCGUCGUGAGACCCGCCGAUCUGAACAUGCCAAAGUCGACGCUUCCGGCAGGUAUCAAGGGCGCAGUGCCGACUGCCAUCACUCAGGCCCUCCAACUGCAGCAGAACGGCGGCGGAGUCUUGAGACAAGUCCGUCCGACUUCAGGACUUCGGGAACGUCUUCAGGACGCCGAUGUCCGUAAUCUGGAGAAGACGAACAUCGCGCUGAUGAGCUACGAAGCAGUCAACGAAGAGCUCGAUCAUCUGGACACGAAAGGAAUGACGAUGACCGACGAGGAACAGCGCCGAUACCGGGAACUUCUCCACGUCGUCGCCGAGCAAAGCAGGGCACGGAAGAUGCUCUCGGAAGUCCGCUCACCUCCGCACCAGCAGCAUCAGGAACGCGAAAUUCCUAUCCAAAUUCAGAAAGAUCAAAACAGACGUACGGAGACGAUGAUUGACGACGUGCCGCACUCGAGUUCCAGCGUGGAGAACGUGUCGCCGGUGAGCCCGCCGGAGAGCCGCAAGGUGCAGUUUAUCGACGAAGUGGUGCAGUAUCAGACGCCGACGAGCACGACGACGUUCUUCGCGGCCGACGUGCCAGUGCUCGACUCGCCAGGGGUUAGUUUCAAUCAUUCGGUCGGCCAACCAACCAAACCACCGUUUCCAGAUCGUCGGCACCAACGAGAUCUACCGGGAUCCCCGUCAACGCCGUCUCAACGAGCUGCACGAUCGGAACAAGAGCUCGGAAAACAGUGCGGACGGCGCGAAACUCGGAUUCCGCGACAAGCAGCGGCUGUUCGCGCGGCAAAUCGGAGAGGAAGGCACUCCGCGCCAACGGAUGGACGUGAGUAGUGCCCAACGGCAAAUCGAGACGGAGAUUGUUGGCGCAACGACGCCCACCGGUCUAAAGCCAUAAUUUCUCUUUUUAUUUUUCGAUAUCUAAAUACUCUAUUAGACUGAUAAAUUCUAAAUGCAAUCCGCGCCUUAAACUUGUGCUCUCUAAACCCCCUUUCCCUCCUAACAAAAAACCCUUCUCAACGCUCACUAAUCGGUUCUUAUGUAUUACUUUUUCGCUUUUUGUCUUUACCUAUUUCUAAAUUUUCUUGCAUUUCAUUUUUAUCUGAAAAAGUGUCGAAUAACUGUUCAUUUUAUCCCCACCUAUUCGUGUCCCAUUCUCUGCCCCCUUUUUCAUGUUUCCCGCCCCCGCCACACACGCUAAAACACACAAACAAAGCCACCAGCCUGGACCUAAAUUCGCAUCGAUUCCAUUUAAGAAAUUAUUUUUUUAAAAAUUUUAUAUAUAUAUAUAUAUAUAUAAAAAAACAAGUGUACUUAAUCAUCUGUUGAUUCUGCAUUCCGAGUUGAUAAGUAGAAGGGAAGAUCAAGCGAAUCAAAGGCAGAGAAUGUUUUCGACGAAAGGUGAUUCGUGUUUAUUAUCAAAACGGACAAUGCGGAUCGCCAUAUUCGGUUUUGAUCGAAAAAAAGAUCAAAAGAAUGGACGCGCUGAUCUUUGCGAAUCAGAGAGCGAGCUAGAGCGUAGUGAAACGAUGUGUUGCUUUUUCUUUCGCUGUAUUUCAGCAGUCUGUAGAGAUAUCAAGAAGUACUAAACUAAUAAAAUAUGCACAAUGUCUUUUUGAGUAAUUCGUCAGUUGAACACUUUUUGAGAUAUCUGCUUCCAGCCGAGAUAUAUCGUCUUGAAGUGGAGCGCGACAGAGCGCGCACUUGCUCUCUUUCGACGUGAUCCGACAAUUUCUCGUUUGUCCCCCGCGUGUAGCGGAUCUUUGUGUUUCAAUCCGACCGCAUAAAAUUCACAGAUCCACUUUCGUCACAAGACCCCCGAAGACUAUUCUCGGCAACGAAGCUACCGUAAUCGGCGGCGAUGACUUUUUGUAAGAAUCUUUCGAUUACAUUCCCACAUAAAAGAUCAAAUCUCGUCCUCCUCUCGUUCGGGUGCAUUUUGAUUCCACUCUCUCUCUCUCUCUCGCUAUGCUUUUGUUUCAAUUGUGAAAAGAGAGGGAGAGAGAGAGAAAGAUGAAGAAGAAGAAGAAGAAGAAGAAGAACAGGUAUCCUCCCCGGGGCGAGGAAAUAGGUCAUUUCCCCCUUUAUCACUUUUGUUUCCUUUCGGUUUUAGACUCGAUAUCAAGUUGAUCGUUCAUCGACCAAUGACGUUUCAAAGUUGCAUCCCAACCACUCUCAAAAGGCAACACUUUCGAAAUUAGAGCGCUUCGUCCGCUUGUUAAAAAGUUGAACUGCGUUGGCUACCGUAAUCCACGGGCGCACACAAAGUGAGAGAGAGAGAGAGAGAUUCCCCGCCUCCUUUGGAAAUCGUUGCUUUUUGUUCUCGCGGCGACAUCUGCAUCAAUUAUUAUCCAUUCCACACCCCCCACUUCUCACAUUUUGAUCUUCAUUCUGUGCAGAGCCUACUGUGUCCUCAUGAUAAACUUACUAUUAUAUGUUUCUAGAAGCGAGCCUCCUAGCGCUUUAUGCUUUAAAAUUAGUACUGUGCUCUCGGUCAACUUUCCUGUACCUCACUACAUUUUCACUAAGAUCAGUGAUCAUUCUCAAAAAGAUGCAACCCUUAAAAUCCACAGUAGUUCUUUCAAACCAAGGGCUAACAAUCUGAUCGUGAUUCUCUUAGAGUCUCACAGCUCGACGCUCCGCCGCCAACGUCUUUCCCUAACUGAACUUUGAACGCAUCUCAAUUGAUCACUCUCUCUCUCUCUUCAGAAGCCAUCGAAACAGUCCCACUCACUCUCUCACUCUCUCUCUCUCGUCUACAGUAACCCUCGGGCCGUGGUGCCACGUCAAUUUGAGCCACAAACGCGAGAAAAGAGGGCAACAUUAUGCGAGGAGAAGACGUUAAAUGUUGCGACGAAUCAAAGUGUGCCGCAUAAAAACCAUCCUACUUUACCUCAUUUUUACGGGUUUUUCGGCUCGAGUGAGAGCAGGUUAGUCGCUGGUUGAUUGAACGAAACUAUUGUAGAGUUAACCAACGAACAUUCUCAGAGUCGGAUUCACAAGAAGAUUCGGAAGCGGCGCCACGUGGAGUCUAUCACUUCAGCGACACCGACAGAGACAUCGAGACGAGUUUCAGGAUUCCGGAUUUCGAGGCGGUCGGUUACUGUUUCUGUGCAUCACGGGACCCAUUCCUGGAUUCUUUCAGUUGGACCCCAUCAAAGUGGCGUCGGAUUUGAUGGCGUCCGCAAUGAAAGUGGACACGAAGAGGAAGACGUUGGCGGGUAUUCAAAUGCCGUUUUCGUUGACGGGAAGACCGAUGAAUUUGCAGGUAAGAGUUUAUUUUUGGAAACGAGUGAUCAGUGAUUUUUGGGGGUUCCUUGAUUUUUCGAGAAUGGAGAAAGUGAAAAAUAUGAUAGUAGUGGCGAGGAUUCAGAUGGGAAACACACGAAUAUCAUUGUGGUGGUGUCUAGUUCGAAGCCACUUUGAUAGUAGUGAUGUUUGUGCGAAUCUUCUGCACGACAACUUUUGCAGAUCAACGGAGAGUCGCACGAUGCGGUCAGUCUUGUCGACGACCCGAAGAAGCACGAAAAGAAACCGCAAGUCCGGAGGUUUGAAGCCGUUUCGAACGUCUUGUGAUCGGAACAACUCAGUUUGCAGGUCCGACAUGUCUCCAGAAUCACGACGAGCAUUCUUGCGGGCACGUCAAGUGUGUCUGGAGCAAUCGGCGGAUUCUUGCGAUGAGGCACUCGACACGUUUCAUCGCAUUCGAUACGGAAAAUCAUUGUUGAUGGGCGCCGCGGAUGGAGAGGAAAAUGAGCAGUAUCGGAGCAUCAUUGAGCGCCGAUUAAAAGAGGCGAAUGGCGAGAAGGUGGGAUUACGGUAGAGAUAGAAAACAAUAGUACAUUUCUCUAGUUGACACCCCUUUUUUGUACCGCAACUCAUAGAGAGCUCCUAAUUUGAACCGAACGACGUCUUCUUUUCAGGUGCACACCCCUUCCACUUCGUCUCCUGAAGACGUGACGUCAUCUGAAUCCGAUCCGUACGUCGUCACUUCACAAGAAUCUCACGAAGAAGCUGAAGAGUCGGAAGCGCCGGAAAAUCCGUCGCAAACUCACCGUUUUUCACACAUCACCUUGCCCAAAUAUCAUGACAAAGCACACAAUUUUCUGAGAGAUAUCAACUAG